AUGACGGGCCCGGGCAGGGUCUGUGUAGGUGCGGUGGCGCUGCUGGUGAUGGUGAUCGCGGCGGCGGUGGCCCAGGACACGAGCCAGGAUUUCUCGUUCGACCGACUGAUUCUGCUCGAGGAGAAGCUGACCGUGUUCGACAUCAAACGCAUCGCCAACGGUUGGAGCGCGCUGAGGCCUCAGCUGAGCGCGCGCUGCGGUGACCAGAUGACGCAGUACCUGCGUGGCCUGCAGGACGAACGGCUGUGGGCGCUAAAGAUGGACGACUCGUCGGGCAAGUACACGAAAGGGUUCUUCUGGGGCAACAACUACUGGACCGGCUCGAUGGACCAGUGCUCCUACAUCCACCAGAACGAGAGUGGCGCCGACGUGCCGAAGAAGAAGGGCCGCAACACGGACAUCACGUACAUCAACGGGAACUUUCUCGGCACGACCGAGAGCGAGCACGAAAACCCUCCGUUCAUGCCGGGCUUCUACAUGGCCAAGAUACUGAUCAACGGGACCGAGUCAUUCAACGCGAUUCGGACCGUGGUCGUCGGUUUGUGUCUCCCGAGUGCGUGCAGUAUCGGUGACGUGGAAACGCUGCUAAAGCUGGACAUUAGCCGCCGGCACGUGGCACAAGAGCUGGUCGGUGUACGAUCGCCGACGUUGAACAACUUUUCCCUCUGGGACGAUCUCACCUUCCGGAUACUAUUUAUCAUCUCCACGAUCGUGACGAUCCUGCUGAUCAGUGGCACCGGCUACGAUCUGGUGCUGCGCCGGCGCUACAAGGCGCAGAUGCGCAUCAAGAGCUACUGCAAGGAGCUGACGGCCGAAAUGUCGCCGGGGCUGGGCUGCACCACGUACGAUCUGACGCAGCGCGAGACGGAAGAGAACGGCAAAGGUAACUGCACCGUAAUCCGGGUACCAACGGGCGUUAAUAAUAACAACUCGGACGAGAAUCUUGCCGCGGAGCUGACCACUACCACGGAGGACAGCAAGUUGAGUAUGCUGUCGGAGCUGCUCCUGUCGUUCUCGGUGGUGACCAACUUUAAGGCGAUCUGCGAUAAGAACGUCGGCAACGACACCAUUCCGUCGAUCCACGGGCUGCGGGCGAUCUCGAUGGCUUGGGUUAUUUUGGGUCACACGAUGAUCGUGGUGUUCAAGUACUCGGACAACAUGGAGCUCCGCAAGGUGGUCGAGAAGGAGUUCCUGUUCCAGAUCGUGCUGAACGGUGCGUACAGCGUAGACACGUUCUUCUUCAUCAGCGGUUUCCUGGUGUCGUUCAUCUACUUCCGGACCAAUGCCAAGGGGAAGCUGGAGAAGCUGACCAAGGGCGUGAACGAGUUCACGGCGGGCACCUUCCACUUCUUCGGGCUGGUCGGUUAUCGGUUCGUUAGGCUAACCGCUCCGUAUCUGUACGUGCUCGGCAUGGUGGAGGUCGUGAUGCGCUAUCUGGAGCAGAACUCCGUGUUCGAGCCACCGACACAGGACCACAUCAACUGCCCGAAGUACUGGUGGCGUAACAUCCUCUACAUCAACACACUGUUCCCGGUGGAGCAGAUGUGCAUGCUCUGGAGUUGGUAUCUGGCAGACGACACGCAGUUCUACAUCAUCGGCGCCCUGAUCCUGAUCAUCGCCGUCCGGCACUUCAAGUUCGCUGCCACCAUGAUGUCGGUGUUUAUGGUGUCGGCUUGGGCCACGACCGCGUACAUCGCGUUCUCCAACAACCACAUGCCCGAUGCGGACGAUCCGUUCGCGCUGUUCGAUAAGAUCUACGACAAGCCGUGGACCCGGCUUGGGCCGUACCUCGUCGGGAUGGCCGUCGGUUGGAUUCUGUUCAAAACGAACUGCAAAAUCAAGAUGUCGCUCCUCACCGUCAUUUCCGGGUGGGUCACCUCCACGAUGAUGAUGCUGUACCUGCUGUUCGGGUUGUACAACACGACGCUCACGCAGACGGCCGCCGCAGCCUACAGUUCGCUGAGCCACACGGGCUGGGCCAUCGGCUGCGGGUGGGUCAUAGUGGCCUGCUCGUCCGGAUACGGCGGCUGGGUGAACAAUCUACUGUCCGCCCCGAUCCUGUACCCGUUCUCGCGGGUCACCUACUGCGCCUACCUGGUGCACCCGAUCAUCAACCGGAUAUUCGCCCUGGAGUCCGAUACGCCGAUCCACAUGACUCCGAAUGCGCUGACCACCGUGUACCUCGGGCAGGUCGUGUCGUCCUACGUGCUUGCAUUUAUCAUUUCCCUCGCGUUCGAGGCUCCGGUCGUGACGAUGCUCAAGAUUCUGUCGCCGAACCGCAAGAAACGCAUCUGAACCACCGGCUCGGACCCCAGCACAGAUAGUGAGAGAUAGAGAGAGAGAGAGUGAAGUGGCGAAGAAGUGGACAGCACUAGCUUUGGCGUGCCCGGCGAGGCCCGCGAUGCAGUUUCGACCGCAUGCUUUUCCUGUGUUUCCGUUUGCUCCGAGUGUGUCCGCUUGUUGUCUGUGAAGCCCACAGGGGCAGCCUUCCACACGGGCUUUCCGUGGCCGGGAGCCACGUUGGCCGCGGUGGGCCGCCGUGUGGGAAACGAUUAUAGUACGAAUAUCUAAAAUUUACCAGAAAGGGCUGGCUACUCGUUCCGUGUUCCGCUAGGGGAGGGCCCGCUCCCGUCGGAAGGACGAAGCGGGGCUUAGAAUAGCGUGUACGUGAACUGUGCUCAGUAUGUUUUUCUACAGUACUUUAGACUGAUGCGAACGAUGCGAUGUGUAUAAUGUAAAUAUAA